AGAAAAUUCUCUCUCCUCUCUCUGUCCUCUCUCAAAAUAACGCACCACUUUUUCUCUCUCUAGAAUCAUUUUCAUAAGACACACUAAAAAGUCGCACUAUCGUUGAAGCCGUUUUCUCACCAGUUUCCCACACAGUGAACUGAGUCCCAAAACCUUUCUCUCUCCAUGAAGAGCUCGCACACUACUCGCUCUCAAACCCACCUUUCUCUCUAACAAAAAAAACUAAACUAAACUUAAACCAAACAAACACAAACACACUCACUCACAUACACAAACACAAACACAAAAAGCAACAACAACGUUUUCAUUCUAACGAAGCUUUUUAUUUUUUGGUUCCAUUAACAAUGGAGAGAAAGCAAGGAUUCUUCUCGGCACUAAAAGAAGAAGUAGUCCGAGGACUCUCACCGUCCCGGUCACGUGCCAACAGCCCGGCUAGAACCGGGUCACCCACGAUAAUGUCCGGUUUACUCCGGCGAAAGAAGAGCCACCACGCGGCCCAACAUGAGGCGGCGUUGGUAGCGAGAUCCGGUAGCCUGAGGCCGUUGGGGGAAACACUGACGCCGCUGAUGGAGGGUCCGGACCAAGACGGAGCGGAAAUCGGAGAGUCGAAGAGAAGCGGGUCGGGUUUGGGUCAGUGGAUGAAAGGACAACUGGGUAGAACUCCUUCAGUGACAGCUUCUUCCAUGGGUUACAACAACAACAACAGCAACAGAAGGUCUGAUCUCAGAAUAUUGCUUGGUGUAAUGGGUGCUCCACUUGCUCCUCUCCACGUCAGCACCACUGACCCUUUGCCUCACCUUAGUAUCAAGGACACCCCCAUUGAAACUUCCUCUGCUCAGUACAUAUUGCAGCAGUACACGGCAGCUUCUGGUGGGCAGAAGCUGCAGAACUCGAUUAAAAAUGCGUAUGCGAUGGGAAAGCUUAGGAUGGUAGCUUCUGAGUUUGAAACUGCCACUAAGGUGAUGAAGAACCGGAAUCCUUCUAGAUGUGCUGAGUCGGGCGGGUUUGUGCUCUGGCAGAUGAAUCCAGAUAUGUGGUAUGUGGAGCUUGCGGUUGGGGGAAGUAAGGUUCACGCAGGCUGCAAUGGCAAGCUUGUUUGGAGGCACACGCCCUGGCUCGGUGCCCACACUGCAAAAGGCCCUGUGAGGCCUCUGCGUCGUGCACUUCAGGGGCUUGAUCCUAGAACCACUGCUGGUAUGUUUGCGGAUGCUAGAUGCAUAGGAGAGAAGAAGAUCAACGGCGAGGAUUGCUUCAUUCUGAAGCUUUGUGCUGACCCUCAGACAUUGAAGGGGAGGAGUGAAGGUCCGGCGGAGAUAAUUAGGCAUGUCUUGUUUGGCUACUUCAGCCAGAAGACUGGGCUUCUUGUUUACAUGGAGGAUUCACAUCUGACGCGUAUCCAAUCCAAUGGUGGAGAUUCAGUUUACUGGGAAACUACAAUCAAUUCAUUCCUUGAUGAUUACAGGUCUGUUGAGGGGAUCAUGAUCGCCCACUCUGGGCGUUCCGUGGUGACCCUUUUCAGAUUUGGUGAGAUGGCAAUGAGUCAUACCAAAACAAGGAUGGAAGAAGCAUGGACAAUUGAAGAGGUUGCAUUUAAUGUUCCAGGUCUGUCGGUAGACUGCUUCAUCCCCCCAGCAGAUUUGAGAUCUGGGUCCAUCGGUGAGACAUGUGAGCUCCCUCAUGAUGAAAGAGGAAAAGGGGCGAUUGCACUAGCAGCACAUCGGGCCAAAGUAGCUGCACUGGAGAAAGAACAUGACGGAUCCAUUGAUAACAUGAUUUGGAAGAUGGAAGUCUAACAAAGGGUAGAAUCCAAUUAGGGCAACUGUUCAUAUCGGUAGCUAGUUUUAAUUGACUAACAUUUUAGAAUUUACAAAGUAGGAGUUCAAGUCAGCUUUUUUUGGAAGUUGGUUUAUGCCUCUAUUAAUCUGUAAAUAGAGCAUAAGCAUUCUCAGGUUUUGUUUGGCCUGGUUGAAUCUUUAUACUCUCAAUGCAGAAUCCAACUAUGGAGUUGGAGCUCAGCUUUCCAUUUAGGGAUAGAGCAAGUGGAGGUUAAUUUUUAAUUUACCUUCAAUGCAUGUAGGUGGUGAAGCUUUGGUAUAGCAGAACCACUUACCUUUUAUAAUUCUACUAAUUCUCUUACUUUUAAUGACUUCAGUGGUGGUGGCAGUAGUAAGGAAACUGCUACCAACCAACAUGAGUUUGAUGCUAAUGCCUAGUUUGUUAAUUUUACCUUAUGCCAGUGUGCUAAUCUUUGUGUGGUUUGAUUGAUUUACAAGUUUUUUCAUGGUUUGGGAUGGAGGGCUUGGUAAAAGAGACGAUGAAACUCAUUUUCCUUUUUUAACUGCUGUAAGCCUGUAACCCACAUAUUUCUGAUAGGGGUUUCUGGUUGUAUCAUGGCAUUUUGUCAGUGCUUCUUACAUAAAGAUGUAAACAGAAAUGUUGUGUUCCUCAGAUAUUGAAUGCUCAUGAAUAUAUAUUGGAUCAGCAUCUUUCUUUCCAUUUUUUUUAA